AUGGCAUCCCUAAGAGCCAUACUAGGUUUCGACAUUUGUCGCAGUUCAGCAUGUGCAGUACAAGAACUUGGUAAUCUGCAAAGUUUGAAGGAGGUUGCAAUCAACUGGACAAAUUUUACUUCUGGAAAUGUGAAGCACCAAAAGGCUUUGAUGAGAACUUUAGGGAAACUGGGCACAAGAAACCUUCAAUCCUUUGCAAUCUGCAGUCGCAACUUAGGUUCCCUUGAGUUUCUGGAUUCUUGGUCGCCAGCACCCAAUAGCCUUCAAAAGUUCAGACUAUCAGCAUAUUACUUCCUCCCAAGAGUACCAAGGUGGAUGGCACCACUCUGCAACCUCAUUGAUUUAAACAUUAACAUUGCAGAACUAGCAUAUGAAGACAUAUUAAUACUCAGAGAGUUGCCUUCCCUACUUCGUCUUGACUUAUGGUUGAAAUCACCUCAGAAAGAUGAUACAAUUGUCAUUCAUGGAGUAGGAUUCCCAUACUUGAAAGAGCUCUUCUUCAGCUGUCAAGAAACUUGCUUGCUAUUCGAACCAGCAUCAUUCCCGAAGCUCGAGAGGCUACACACAACAAUCCAUGUAAUCAGAGCAAAGCCAUACAGUCACACAUUUGGCAUUGAACACCUUAAAUCUCUCAAGCAAAUCAGCGUCCAAGUUUUCUGUUAUGGCGCAAAUGCAUCUGAUAUCAAGGAUGUUGAUCAUGCAAUUUCUACUGCUGUGAAUUACAAUCCUAACCAUCCUAGGAUGAACAUCGAAAAACGUGGCAUGGAUUUGAAAUUAGAGGAGAGAAACAAGAGAGAACAUUCCAAAGACAAGAAUCUGGAAAAACCUCCAAGCAAAGAAGAUAUUGGUCAUACAGACAAGAAGAGAAGGAAAUUACAUAUUGAAGAACAUCAUUCGGCAAGUGCAACAUGA